AAUUUCCACUUCUCUCUUUCUCUCUCUCUCUGACAGCUCUUCCAUGAAGCUGUAAGAGAACCUUCUUCUUAAUUUGUUUUUAUUCAUUCCCUGAGGAUGGAGUUUCAGAGACAUUUCUUCCUUCUCUUUGUUCUCUGUUCUAGUUUCCUAUGCUCCUCCCAGGCCUAUAAAUUCUACGUCGGUGGUACAGAUGGGUGGGUCUUGAAUCCCUCCCAGAGCUACAACAACUGGGCUGCUAAAAAAAGGUUCCAAGUCAACGAUGUACUCGUUUUCAAGUAUAAGAAAGGGUCGGAUUCUGUGUUGGUGGUGAACCAAGACGAUUACAACAGUUGCAACAAAAAGAACCCGAUCAAGAAGUUGGAGGACGGUGAUUCUGAGUUCAGUUUUGAUAAAUCCGGGCCCUUCUAUUUCAUCAGUGGGAAGGAUCAAAACUGUGAGAAGGGGCAGAAACUGAUUGUUGUUGUUUUGGCUGUGAGGCACUACGGCCAAUACCCUCCUACUUCAGCUCCAACACCCAUCUCGCCGUCUCCGAAAUCAUCCUCUCCAGCACCGGCUCUGGCGCCUAAGCCACUGGCUCCGGUGCCGGCGGCUCCAAAAGGAUCACCAGUACCAGCUCCACGGUCUCAUGGGCUUGUGCCGGCGGCUCCAACAAGAUCACCAGUACCAGCUCCACGGUCUCAUGGGCUUGUGCCAGCAACGUCACCAUCAUCCAUCAGUUUCCCCCCGGCUUGGUCACCGGCAUCAACAUCUCCGGCGGCGACACAACCGUCAGUCUCACCACCAUUGGCACCCUCUCCAGAAGCCUACACCCCAGCUAUCUCACCAGGAUCACCAUCUCCGGCGGCGACAGUACCAGAAGCCUACACCCCAGCUAUCUCACCAGCAUCACAAUCUCCGGCGGGAUCACCAGCAUCAUCAUCUCCGGUGGCGACACCUCAGUCAUCGCCGCCAUCUCCGCCAGAACCGACAACUCCGUCACCGUCACCGUCGACGGCGCCCUCAACUCCGACAAAUGGGCCGGGAACUCCAUCGGGCAAUGACACUGUACCGGCGGCGUCACAAUCAUCUGCAUGGGCUUUAAAUCCCACGAAUGUGUUGGUGGGCUCGGCUACUUUGUUGCUAGGUGUGGCUUUAAGUACUGGAACUUUGGGUGCAUUUUAGAGAGAAAAAAAAAGAAGUAAUUAUUUAGUCGGAUUUGUUAUUAUUGAAGGGGUUUAUUAGUUUCUCAAUUUUUUACUUUUUUAUUUGUUCAUUUUUAGCAUAUUAGAGACAAAAUUUAGUAUUGGUUGAAAUUUAAUAAAUUCUGACUAUAUAUAUAUAUAAAUAAGAUUUUUCUUGGGUCUCA